AUGUCGGCCACGUGGGCUUGUCUGCUUUUGUCUGUGCUCUUGGGUUGGGGCUGCACAGCUGGCCCUCAGGGUGGGAAGGCGCAGCAACUGGGAACACCACUCUCCGACCAGGAGUACCGCCAGUUCUUCAGGUCCCUCCGGACCGCCCGCCGCGCCAGCACUGCCUGCGUUCUUCGUGCACUGUACGGCUGCCAGAAUCCCCUGGUCCGGAGACUGGACGAGUACGAAAACCACGGAGUCAUCCCUGAGGGGCCUAUAUGCUCUGAAGUGCCAGGAACUCCUUUCUUCCCUGACUUCUGCACCUUUGCUUUUUAUCGCUGUACUAGGAAAAAGUAUUUUAUUAAGAGGACUGCAUGCCCAGGAGAGAGCAGAGCCAAGCUGGGCAGCACACGAGCCUUCAAUGUCAUGACCAUGAGCAGUGACACCAUGUCAUCCAGCAUCUUCGGUCCCCAGCCCCUUUUCCCCAUGUCUCCCACAACCACCCAGCCAGGCCGCUCCAGCCCUGACACAGAAGUAGCAGUGAUCCCCACUUCCUUACCUGAGGGCACACCAUGGUCGAGGAGCAUGCAGCUAAAUCCUUCUGACCCACAUGCCAUGGAGGUGACAGCCAGUGGCCAGCAGCAAGGACAGCUGCCCACCAGUGACAUCCAGGAUCUCCUCCUGAGGCUACAAGAUACCCACGUGCAGAGUUCACUGCAGACACUUCAGCAGUUGUUGAGCACAGGGAAGGCAGCGUGGGAGGAAGAGUUGCAGGCUGCCGCCCUGAAGCUGCUGGUGGCCCUGAACAAUGCGAGUGUCUCAGUGGGCAACCAGCACUGA